UUAAAAUGUCAUUAUUCAGGAUUCACUCUGUGCGUAUGACGACAGCUAGCAAGAGCGGUCAUCCUACCUCCUGCUCUAGUAUGGCGGAGAUUAUCUCUGUUCUAUUCUUCAAGGUCAUGAAAUACAAGGUUGCCGAACCUAAAGCAGCUUCCAAUGAUAGGUUUAUCCUGUCGAAAGGACAUGCAGCCCCCAUCCUCUACGCUGCUUGGGCCGAGGCUGGUCUCUUCCCAGCCUCCGACCUUCUCAACCUCCGUAAGAUCAACUCCGACCUCGAAGGACACCCAACCCCGAGGCUGAAUUUUAUCGACGUAGCGACUGGGUCUCUUGGUCAGGGGUUGAGUGUGGCGUGCGGGAUGGCGUAUGUCGCAAAACAUUUCGAUAAUGCAAGUUACAGAACCUACUGCCUCAUGGGGGACGGAGAGUCCAUGGAAGGGAACAUCUGGGAGGCUCUCAACUUCGCCGGGUUCUACAAGCUUGACAACCUUGUUGCCAUCAUCGACGCAAACCGUCUGGGACAAUCCGAACCCGCCCCUCUCCAGCACGAUAUGGAAACCUACAAGAAGCGUCUUCAAUCCUUCGGAUUCAACGCCAUCGUUGUCGACGGGCAUGAUGUGGAGGAAUUGUGUAAAGCGUUUUACGAGGCUGAGACCACCAAGGGAAUGCCUACUUGUAUUAUUGCCAAGACCUUCAAAGGAAAGGACUUCCCUGACAUUGAGAACGUGUUGAACUGGCACGGAAAGGCUCUGGGCGACAAAACUGAUGCAAUGAUCUCCCAUCUAGAAGGACUACUCAAGAAUCCCGGGGCGGAAAAUCUUCCAAUCAGCGCACCGGUCAAUGACGCCCCAGUCGUUGAUAUCUCCGGAGUUGCACUCUCCGCUCCUCCAUCCUACGCCAAGGGGCAGACUUUGGCAACCCGAGAAGCGUAUGGCAAUGCAUUGGCAAAGCUUGCCACCUCUCAUAGCCGAGUUGUUGCCCUGGACGGAGAUAUGAAGAAUUCUACUUUCUCACAGAGUAUUCUUAAAGUUGACCCUAACAGGUUUAUCGAGUGCUUCAUCUGCGAGCAGAACAUGAUCGGUGUUGGUAUCGGAGUAGCGUGUAGGGAUAGAACCGUCGCCUUCGCCUCUACCUUCGCUGCAUUCCUAACCAGGGCCUUUGACAACCUUAGGAUGGGAGUUAUCUCGCAAACCAAUCUGAAUGUCGUCGGAUCUCAUGCAGGAAUAUCUAUUGGUGAAGAUGGGCCAUCCCAGAUGGCGCUGGAAGAUCUUGCCAUGUUCCAAUCUCUUCCUGGAUGCACCGUAUUUUAUCCUUCUGAUGCUGUCUCCACGGAGCGCGCAACCGAGCUCGCCGCAAACACGCGCGGGGUUUGUUUCAUCCGAGUGGGUCGCCCUGUCGUUCCGAUCGUUUACGAGAACAGCGAGCAGUUUCAGAUUGGAAAGGCCAAGGUGGUCCGACAGUCUGAUAGCGACAAGGUUCUGGUCAUCGCUGCCGGGAUAACAUUGUUCGAAGCUCUCAAAGCCGCGGAUACACUCGCAGCUCAGGGAGUCAAUGUUCGAGUUCUUGAUCCCUUCACCAUCAAGCCCAUUGACGUGCAAGCAGUCCAGGAGAAUGCAGCAGCCUGUGGAGGUCGUAUCAUCACCGUCGAAGAUCAUUACCCUGAGGGCGGUCUCGGUGACGCUGUUCUCGCCGCAGUUGCGACCUGCCGUAAUGUGAUUGUGCAAAAGUUGGCUGUUAACAGCGUGCCCAGAUCCGGCCCGCCAGCCAAAUUACUCGAGAUGUUCGGCAUUUCGGCCAACCACAUCGUCCGCGCCUGUAACGACAUUCAGAAGCUUUAAAUAUUGGAUCAUAAAGAUCUUGUUGCACAUGUUGAUAAUAACUUAUAACUAUGAAUGUAAUUUUAGCCGACGCGUAUCACUGACUACGAUCGUUCCAGUGAUUAAUUCCGUCCGUAGCUUACCGAGCAUUUUUAGUUUAUUCACGCAUUUGUACAACGCAUCUAAAUUUAGAAAUUAAUCUAUUUACACAUAAUUGUGAUUUCAUCCCGGAACAUUCCUAAAGCAUUUAUAUUUUAUUCUAAAUUAUAUGAAUUUUCUAAAAAAAUAAAUAAAUAUAUAUUUCUUA